AUGGCUUCGAACCCGCCUGGACAAUGCUGCACUGUUGGCGUUAAGCAUGAAGGUGACACCGUCGGCAAGGCCGUUCGAGUCGCUGGCAAGCACGACGCUUAUCUCGCAACUCCGCCCGCCGACAAGGCCCAUCAGGGCGCCGGCAUUCUGAUUAUUCCGGACGUCAUUGGGAUCUGGCAGAAUAGCAAGCUUAUUGCCGAUCAAUUCGCCGCCAACGGAUACCUGACACUCAUGAUCGACGUGUACAAUGGCGACGCGCUCUCCCUCACCAACCGCCCCGCCGGUUUCAACCUCUUUGACUGGAUCGCCAAGGGCUCCGACGGCAAGAACCCACACACAACUGAGGCUAUUGACCCCAUUGUGCUUGAUGGGAUCAAGGCACUGAAGGAGGAAUACGGGAUCCAGAAGAUUGGCGGCGUGGGCUACUGCUUUGGGGCCAAGUACGUCAUCCGGCACUACAAGGACGGUAUCGCCGCCGGUUACGUCGCCCACCCGUCCUUUGUCGACGAGGAGGAGCUCGCAGCCAUCUCGGGCCCGCUGGCCAUUUCGGCCGCUGAGACCGACAGCAUCUUCCCCGCCGAGAAGCGCCACCGGUCCGAGGUGAUCCUCAAGGAGGCUGGCAAGCCAUACCAGAUCAACCUCUUCUCGCAGGUCGAGCAUGGGUUCGCCGUUCGCUGUGAUACGUCCGUCAAGGUGCAGAAGUUUGCCAAGGAGCAGGCCUUCCUGCAGGCCGUUAACUGGUUUGACGAGCAUCUUCUGUAG